AUGAGCUCAUUUGAGCCACAGAUUCACUCACCGCCACGCUGCAGCCCACAAUUUCCAAACAUCGGCCAGGAGCCUCCUGAAAUGAGCAUCUACUAUGAAAACUUCUUCCACCCUCAGAAUGUUCCUAGUCCACAGCGGCCUACAAACUUUGAAACCGGGGACUACAGUGCAGCACCCAACCCCUACUUGUGGUUGAAUGGACCUUCCCUGAACAGCCCACCGUACCUGCCGGGAUCCAACGGGAGCCCAUACAUCCCACCCUCCUAUGGGGUGCAAAGGCAGCUCCUGCCCAACAUGCAUGGCCUGACUGGGAAUGAAAUGGGUUGGCUGCCUAUGCCCUCGCAGGAGGAGCUGAUGAAGCUCGUCAGGCCGCCGUACUCCUACUCUGCCCUUAUCGCCAUGGCCAUCCACGGGGCCCCGGACAAGCGGCUGACGCUCAGCCAGAUCUACCAAUACGUCGCCGACAACUUCCCCUUCUACAACAAGAGCAAAGCUGGCUGGCAGAACUCUAUCCGUCACAACCUGUCCCUUAACGACUGCUUCAAGAAGGUGCCCCGCGACGAAGACGACCCAGGGAAAGGCAAUUACUGGACUCUGGAUCCAAACUGUGAGAAGAUGUUUGACAAUGGAAACUUUCGGCGGAAGAGGAAGAAGAAGUCUGACUGCAGCACCAGUGCAGUGUCUCUGGCUUCUGACAAAGCGGAGGACAGCGCCCUCAGCGGCAGCCCCAAGAUGGCAGAACACCAAGAUAUCCUGGAAAACUCCUCAUCUGGGACGGACAGCUCCCCCGAGAAGAGGUCUCCACCACCUCCUUCCACCACACCCUGCCUUAACAACUUCUUGUCCAGCAUGACUGCUUACAUGAAUGGGUCCAAUUCAGUGAGCCGCUCGGGGCCCAUAGGACUUGGCGCUGAUGCCAGUGACAAAAUGGGACAGAAUAUGGUUGGCUUCAACUCGUACGCUCCUCUUUCCAACAUCCCCAGCCAUGGCAAUGCAGAGUGGUCCAGUUCCAUGCCCUCUAGUCACCUUGGCUACAGCAGUUCAGUACUCAACCAGUUCAAUACUAGUUUCUACAAUAGCCUGGCUGCAAACAAUACUCUGUAUGCAAGAGACGGGACUGAAGUGUAA